AUGGAUAGCUACUUUCCGUCUAAUCAAUCUAAUCCUUCCUCCACUUCCUCGACACCAGCACCCAUCGAGCCUCCAUCGCUCAAGCAACACCAAGCCCCACGCCGAAGCACUCGGAAUUCCAAGAAGCCGUCAAUCUCUUCAUUGCUCUCAGACAGUUCCGGAGACUCCUCUACCUCCGGCCAAUGGUCAGCAGCAAGCUCUCCCACUACCACAGCUUCCGAUGGUACACGAAGCAGCUCUGUUUCCACUUCGACUACUCCCCUUAGCGGUUAUAACGCUGGGUAUGAUUUUGGGAUUGUAAGACGGAGAAGUAGUCUGUCGCAGAUCGGUAGCCCCAUGUGUGAUCUGGAUCGUCUGGAUGGUUUGAAUGUUCAGAAGGUCGACUCCGAUGUAAUGAACGGGAGCAAGCAGCGAAAGCCCAGGAGUCCUCGAACUGGGGUUAAUAAUGGCAAUACCGACGAGUACGACGUUCUGGGCAGGAAGAAGCCGAAAACCCCAAGAACUCCCAUGUCAUGGGAUCCACAAGACGAUGUAUUGCUCAAGUCAUUGAAGGAGGAACAAAGGCUCGGAUGGAAGGAGAUCGCCACACACUUCCCGGGAAGAACAUCCCAUGCCUGCCAGUUCCGUUGGCGACGCCUUGCAUCCGGAACUCUAAAGUAUUACCAAGGCCACCGCCGUCCACCAGUCGUGACAACAACGUCGACGUCCUUUGCCAACGAGAUGGCAACCGCAACCACGGGCACCGUUUCUGGGAGUCCCAAAAUCCUGAUGAGAAGCAUCAACAACAUCUCACCCGCUCCAUCAACAAACCCAAACACGCCGCAAAUGCACCACACGAUGCCACACUACUCCCCGAUCGCGGCCGAAUCCCCUCUACGCCCUCACUCGGCCUUUUACUCUCUCCCACCAUCCACGCCUUGGGCCUCAAGCGCACCAUUCCAAAUGGCACUGUACCAGACGAGCCCGCUGCCAUCGCCCCCUUCCUGCCAGAACCGAUACAUCAUGGAGGAGCCAAUGAUGGAGCCUUGGGAUGACAGUGAAGACGCACUGUUGCUAGACAAAAAGAGGUCAUUCGAUGAAGUCAAUGUAUUACUCCCCAAACGGAGCGAGAGAGAAAUAUGGGAUCGAAUGACAAAGCUGAGGAGCCAAGUUGGUCCAGAGCCUCUGAGGAGACGACAUACAGCUGACGAAAGCAUGCGCUUGCCCGCGAUGGGUGUCCGACGGAACAAUACUUGGGAGAGGUGAUUUUUUAUUAAAAAUCAUCACAGCAUCACCCCAACAGAGUCCAUACCCAAUCGUUGCAAUGAUCGAAAGCGAUUCGAAUUCGAGUGAGGUUUCCUUUUUUCCCUUCCGAAAAAACAAAACAAAACUACCAUCUUAUUUCAUUUCCUCCCAUCUAUUAUAGACGCAACGGAGCAAACAAAUGCUUCGCUGCCCCCUUUUUCCUCCUUAUCAUCACCUCCAAGAUGGUCACGACAACACCCGCUCGCAGACCAGUAAAUACCCUCCUAAUCCUCAUACAGAAAAAGUCAUCUCUUUCCCCGAUUUUAAAAUGGUCUAAGGGGUUUCUCAUUUUUCGUUUACUAUUUCAUCAAUUCUUAUCUCGGCAAGGUUAGGGGGUCGGUCAAGGCAGGAGCAUGGUUCUUUCAUCUCAUAUCGUUUAUCUUACGACUACCAUUUUUCAUCAUCUAACUUCGGAGCAUUGGGUGUUUGGGAUUAUUAUUUUCUGUCCUCUUUCAUUCCUUGGUUCUUUUUUUUCAUUCCUCGCAGCGGAAAUUCCAGGUGAUGAUCUGUUUUCCCUAUGUGCUUGUCAUAGUUGUUUUUUUUACGUUUCUCAUGCGUUAUGCGUUCAUGUCGGCGUUUGGUUUAUCUUUUGCUUUUCAGCACUUGCUUGCAUUUUCCAUUUCUCCUUUCUUUCUUCUUCGGCAAAUGGAUGGCACAGGAUGCUAGAGUAAAAUGGUGGUUUCAUUUUUAUUUUCAUCUUUUCCGGGGUUUUUGGUGUCUUCUUUUUAAGUUUAUUACAAAAGAGGUUGGUUGG